AGAAGAAUUUUUGGUUAUAUAUAACGUCUUUUAAAAUUAAAGUCAAGUGUUUGACCUAUCAAAAUAAAAUAUAUAAUCCACAAUUUUUUUUAAAAUGGAUUUACUGGGAUCAAUUAUGAAUUCGAUGGAUAAACCUCCAAGUUUAAGUGAAAAGGAGAAGUUGUUAAUAAAAAAACGAAAACAAGAAAAUGAACGACGUCAAUUAGAAGAAAAGGAGAAGUUGAAACGUUUUAAAGAACGCGUAGCUGCUAAAUUUUCAUCUCAUUUUCAAGAUCCAAAUAAUAUGACUUUAAAAUUCGAACCUAUGGACCAAAUAUAUAGGAGUAUAGUGCAUGAAUUAGCUGAAGCUAAUGGUUUGCUGUCCUUUUCCUUUGGUGUUGAUGGUGUAGAUAGGUACAUUAGAGUAUAUAGAAAAGAAAAUCCACCAUGUGAAGAUGAAUUAGCCGCAAGAAGAAGAAAUGAUAUUUGGAAUGAUGAAAUUAAAAAGAAACUUAUUGAAAAAAGACAAAUUGAGAAAAUGGAGCAAGAAGAGGAAGAACGUGCCUCGAAAAAAUCUAAAAAAUUUACACCUAAUACCAAUUACAAAGACAAGUAUGUGCAUUUGAUAGGACAAGAUGCAGCUUUGGAUGCUGCUAGAAAAACAGAAACUAAUAAAUCUUAUGGAUUCGUUCCCAGUGAAAAUAAGAAGGAUAAUAGAUCGAUUGAACAGACAAUGGCAGACAUAAGGGCUAAGAAAAGACAAAAACUGGAAUCUAAUGAACCUACCUCUAAUGCUCUUCCACAGACUUGAAUAUAUAUUUUUUGCAAUCAUGUUGAUGAUCUUUUUUGUAACUAUAAGAUUGUUGAGUAUUAUAUUAGCUGUAAUUAAUUCUGUUCUUAAGUCCAAAGAAAUAUUUCAAAUUAUAGAUGUAUAGUUUUAAAAAGAUGUACUAUGAA